GGCUGGCUGGCGCUGGAGCUCCGGGCGCCGCUGCCAGAGCCGAGCAGGUGCGCCGAGAUGGCCAGCAGCCCCAGCAGCAGCAGCCCCGGCCGGACGCCCCGACCGCGCCGCCCCCGCCACGCCGCCCCCGCCCCGGCCACGCCGCCCCCGCCCGGGCUCGCCCUCCUGCUCCUCACCGCCGCCGCCGCCGCCGCCCUCCUCCCCACAGGUGAAGGCCAGAACUUGUUUACAGAAGAUGUGACCGUCGUAGAGGGAGACAUCGCCACCAUCAGCUGCCGAGUCAAAAACAGUGACGAUUCCGUGAUUCAGCUGUUGAAUCCUAACAGACAGACGAUUUAUUUCAGAGACUUCAGGCCUUUGAAGGACAGCAGGUUUCAGCUGGUGAAUUUCUCCAGCAGCGAACUCAGAGUGUCACUGACAAAUGUCUCUAUUUCGGAUGAAGGAAGAUACUUUUGUCAACUCUACACGGAUCCCCCCCAGGAAAUUUUCAUGACGAUUACGGUGCUUGUCCCGCCACGUAACUUGGUGAUUGAUAUCCAGAAGGACACAGCGGUGGAAGGGGAAGAGAUUGAGCUGAACUGCACGGCCAUGGCGAGCAGACCCGCCACGACAAUCAAGUGGUACAAAGGCAGCACGGAGCUAACCGGUAGCCCCCUCCUCCUCCGUCCGCUUCAUGACGGGAAGUCAGAAGUGGAGCAGUGGUCAGACAUGUACACAGUGACCAGCCAGAUUUCCUUGACAGUCAAGCGGGAGGAUGACGGGGUUCCUGUCGUCUGUGAGGUGGACCAUCCUGCAGUCAAAGACCUGCAGACCAAGCGCUACCUAGACGUCAUGUAUAAGCCUCAAAUCCGGGUGUCGCAGCUUUUACCAGCAUCCGGGCCAACAAGGGAAGGAGAUUUAUUAGACCUUCUGUGCCACGUUGAAGGAAAACCAGAGCCAACAGACACGACGUGGUUCAGAGUCGAUGAUGAGAUGCCUCCACACGUUACAGUGUCGGGCUCCAAUCUCCACAUCAGCAGCCUCAACAAAAGCGACAACGGCACCUACCGCUGCGAGGCGUCCAACGAAGUGGGGAAGUCCUUUGUCGAUUACAUGCUUUAUGUCUAUGAUCCCCUCACAACUCUCCCUCCACCCACAACAACCACCAUCAUGCCCACCAUCAUCAUCAUCGCAGACACAACGGCGGCGACAGAACCGGCAGUUCACGGCUUUACUCAGUUGCCCAAUUCUGCCGAGGAGCUGGACUAUGCGGACCUUUCAGAUUCUCGAGCGGGGGAAGAGAGCGCUAUCACAGCAGUGGACCACGCCGUGAUCGGUGGUGUCGUGGCCGUGGUAGUCUUCGCGAUGCUCUGUCUUCUUAUCAUUUUGGGACGAUACUUUGCAAGACACAAAGGCACAUACUUCACUCACGAAGCCAAAGGAGCUGACGAUGCGGCCGACGCAGACACAGCAAUCAUCAAUGCCGAGGGAGGCCAGAACAACUCGGAAGAGAAGAAGGAGUACUUCAUCUAGAUCCACCUUGGUUCCCAUGAGGUGUCCAACUGCGGACAGUCACUGGCCCCACGUGUAGAAGACCAAGACAGUGAUGUUGGAAGUUGCUACCAGCUUACGGCAUUUUGCUUUUGUCUCUGUCUUUUUCUUUCUUUUCUUUUCCCUUCCAGUGCUGUUUUAUUUUAUUUUUGGGAUGGACUGAUGGAUGGAUGGAUGGAGAAAUGUGUGGGACUGUGUGCGAGUCCAGGAAUUCCCAUGUGAAAGUGUUCUUUGUAAAGUACACUCUGCUGUUCGACACCUCAAUUUAUUUGGGUUUUUAAUUCUCUGGCGAAGUCCGACUUGGAUUUAGUUUAGUUCCAUCAUUUGCAGAAAAUUCUGUGCCUUGUUUUAUUUCUUGUUUCAUGGGGAGGGGGGUGGGGAGCAGAGGGAAUCCUGUUGGGGUUUUUAUUUUUUCUUUCUAGCCUCUCUUGGAAUUGCCUGCUGGGAUCCCUUGCAAAUAGAUUUUUUUUGGUUCGUUUUUUUUUUUAAAAAAAACACUCCUAGGUUGUUUUUAUGUUGUUGUUGCUGUUUGAAAUUAUGUCAUCAAAGGAGAACCAGCACACUGUAGAUUUCACCCUUUGGAAUUCAGUGUGUCCAUCAUCCAUUUGACUCCCUUGUCACGAAACCUUUUGGACAAACAGACUUUUCAAGGGGGGUGGUUUGCGGCUGCAGCAAAAACAAGAUCGUCUUCUGGAACGCUGAAAACGCUUCCCACCAAGAGUCGCGGCCCUGCCUGGUUAUCUGCAAGCCAAGUGCGGCCCGAGGAAAUGGAGCCUGUCUGAUCGGCGUCUGCAAACUCCAGUAAGCAGCCCACGCCCCUCGUCCUCUCUGGGCAGGAGCUGUUCUGGAAGGGAUAUUUGUGGGCUUGGUCCCUAAACAACCCUGACAGACGAGGGCUGCUCAUUUCAUGCAAGUAGGCAAAUUUGAAUCCUCCCAGGAGGGGCGGGGCGGGCUCAGAAGUUCUGCUCUAAUUAUUUCUGUUCCAAACGAUCCCAUCAACGGCUCCCAAUUGGCCUGGCAUCUCUGCAAUUUCCUGGAAACAGAAGAGAAAAAAAACACCACCUUUGUGACGUGGACGGACUGUGAAUGAGCCAAAUCCUCAGUUUUGUGUCUUGCUUUAGCCUGUCUUCUCGGUUGUUGUUUUGCUAAAGAGGGGGAGGCGUGAUGAUUGCAUCCUGUAAGGGCGGUGCGUUGCCAUGCUGAGCCUCCGACUGGAGACUGUGCGCAGCAGCGCUUUCGUUCUUUUGGGUCUGGCUUGACAAAAGGCAGGAGGGGAGAGACGAAAAGCAGAGAUUGUGUUCAUUCUGGACCGCCCUGCAUCUCCCUUCCGGAAAAGUCAGGGCAGAAGCGUGGACAUCAGCAGAGAGGUUUUUCUCCUACUCUAACCCCAGUUGUCUCUUAAAUGUCGAUCACAUCUGUGAGUCUUUCUUUUCCCUGAGCAUACACUUCCUGGCACUGGUUUUGACCUCCUCCCUCACCCUUAGGAGCCAUCUGCCAACAGCAGCCAUGCUGAAGAGAUGCUGACAACAAGCUUACCUUGGGAACAGUGGCUGCCGCAAGCUGGGCUUUCCCGGGCAGGGGGGCAAGGGAGGGGUCCCUCACUUCCCAAGGAGCACGUGGCACUGUGAGGGAGGGGCCUGCUGGUUCCACGCCUUGAGCAGCAGCAGAGUCAUGAAGAAGAGUCACGAUCAAGCUGCAGGGGACAGUUUCCGGGGGACUCUGGCCACCACCUCGCAGGGAAAUGCAUUGAGGAGCAGCGAAGGAUUCCGGUGGAUUUUUACAGCUGCGUGUUGCAUACUUGCAAAGAUUUAUUUAAGGGACGGAAGUAUCUAAAUGUCAGCAUUUUGUUCAUUUGUUUAAAAGGCUUUUUCAGGAUUUUUUUUGGGGGGGGCAGAACCAUAUAGGCACUACCUUUCCAGUGAACUUAUGUGGUACACAAAACAGUCAUGUGUUUUAUACACCAUUUUGCUUCCCCCUCCCCCUCCCAUGAACACAUGAAGCUGCCUUAUACCGAAACAAACCCGUGGUCCGUCAGGGUCAGUGCUGGCGACUCAGACUGGCAGCCGCUCUCCGGGGCUUCGAGCGGAGGUCUUUGCCAUCACCUCUUGCCUGAGCCUUUUAACUGGAGAUGCCGGGGGUUGAACCGGGGGACUUCUGUGCGUCAAGCAGAUGCUCCACCACUGAGUUUCUACCGCAGCCACUCUGACCCUGAAAAAGAUAACCUAUCCCCAUUGUCCGCUUUUCCCUGCUCCGACAGCAUUUAGCCACACAGCCUCGUUUCUCAUCCUUCUACACUACUUGAGACAACAGACAAAUCAUCCCAGGGGGGUCAGGGAAGCUACUGAAAGUUGCGGGGGGGCGCGGGGGGAGCUCUUUUUCUACGCCUUGAUCACAGAACUGGCAUCCUGUUUUCUGAGCAACUCAUCUUUGUUUUGACAAGUGUACAGUCGUGCCGUGUUCCCAAUGUAACUUUGACUUAAUGAUGUUGACAUGUCUCAGGUUCAUGUGUUUUGAUUGGUGUUUUCCGUCUCAGGUAGAUCUCAAAACUUUUGGCCCCGCACGUGGAGGAAAAAAAAAAGAACACAACAAGCAACCACAACAGGAAAAUAAGGAUUUUAGUUGUAUAUCAGUUAAAGGCUUUUUGGGGGGGUUUGUUUCUGCAAGUAUACGGUGCACUGUUUGAAAUGUAAUGUUAAGUAUUGAUUUGUACAGGUCUAGAUGCAAGGGUUUUGUUAGAAGUGGAGAAAGAACAAACUUGUUUCAUGUGGUUAUUGUGGCUUGUUUUCGUUUUGUUUUUAAACAAAGAAAAGAGCAUUGGCAAGAAAAAAUGAAGGCUGCAGGACUGAUGCCAAAUAAGCUUGUUCUUUACUGACCUUUUUACUUUUGCCCCCUUAGACCGGUUCCCUUUAAGGUGUCCAUGGAUGACGUUGCAGUGUAAGAAAAAUGCAUAUCCAUAUCUUCCCAUUCACAUUUUGUAUUGGUUCAUGUAUACCAUUUUUACAAAGAAAAAGAAGUACUAUAAAGUAUCUGUCUUCUUAAUAAAAACAAAUUAAUGUUACAAAACUA